AUGGCAGACAGUGAAAAAGAUAUAUUACCCCAGGAAGGUACCAGCCGAGCUGGAGAAUCCUUCCCCACCGCACCGGAUUCGCCGGGGGUGGGCCGUCCCGUGUAUUCUGGGGGGGACAGCUUAUGCCAGGAGUGGGGAGAUGUGGAGAGUUUGGAUGAGGAGACAGAGCGACGUAAUAUGGUAGAGAGGAUCCUGACUGAAAUGGAAGGACAGGCUAUGGAGGGUUUAGAGUCCGACCUAACUGGAUCGAGUCUCUCCCUGCAUUCAGGGAUCGAGAGUGACUUGGCGUUGACACAGGAGACACCCAAACCACAGCGAAGGGUGUCCCAGAGGAAGCGAAGGAUCGUCGAGAAACCACAACUUGACUCAGACGAUGACACGCCACAAAUCAUGGUGGUGGCGUCUAAACCAAGGACGACGAAAAAGACGGCUCCCGUAAAGACGGGGACUACCGGAUUAGAGAAGGAGGCAACGCAACCUGUUGCUGGACCAUCCAAGCCUGUGACGCGUGCUGGUGGAGAAUCCCACCCGAAGGUACUUCAGCACGCAGAUAUGCUCGGAUCCAAGAUCGAGGAGGGGAUUGCGGCGAUCCUAGAGGAGAUCGCCAGAUCCAAAAAUCUGAAAGGCGGGGUUAUAAAAAAUAUUAAGGACGCUGCCAAGACCAUCCGGGCGGCGUCCGAAACCCUGGUCGAGCGAUCGGCGACCGUAGAGUGUGCGGAGCUCCGGAAGGAAAACACCCGCCUAUCGCAAGAGCUGACAAGUCAACGUCAGCUCCUUAAUGCGAUGCGGGAAGAAUGUGGGAAGAUGCGCAAGGAAAUGAUUGCCUUGCAGCGUCAGGUGUAUUCUUCCCCGGACUCGCAGGUGGGUCGCCUCCAGACGACAAAUGAAGAGUUGGAGCGGCAAGUACGGGAGUACAGCAUCGAGAACGUCCGGCUGAAGCAGCAGGUGAUGGCAGGGAACUGCGAGCUGCGGAAGCUGAGACGUGAGGCGGGAAAGACUGAAGCUGGGAAGGAGGCGCCGCCAUCGGCACCGGCACCUACUCCCAUGGAGACCCCGGACGAGACUUCGGCCCCUGCACCAUCUGUGGGGCCGUCACCGGCAGAAGAUGCCGAGAGCCGGUUAGUGAGGCGAAUUGGGGAACUUUUCAACCCCCGGUUUGCCAAGCUAGAAGAAGGCCUACUACAGGCCCAAAGAGGGAAGGCGCCGUCCAAACCGGGCGCGCCUAAGAGUGCCCCUCGGCCGCCUGCUAACCGGGCAGCCGCUGUGGGUGCGAAGAAGGGCUCGCUCAGCCAGCCGGCACCAGUCGUCAGGGCCGAAGAACCAGCAGGAGCGCCGCCGCCGCCCAAUGUAAAUAAGGAGGGAUGGGCGACGGUAGUGCGGCGCGGCAAGAAGUCCCGGACGACAAAUGCCCAGUCGGCCCCUGCCACUCAGCAGAACACCGCUGAGUCGGCUGCCGCUGCACAGCAAAACGCGGCGAAAAAGAAGGCAGCGGCUGAACGCCGCAGGAGGAAGAGGAGGCUCAAGCCCCCAAGCUCGUCGGCGAUCGCCAUUACGAUCGACCCGGCGGCCGAAGAAGGGGGGCUAACCUAUGAGUCGGUGCUCCGAGAGGCGAAGGAGAAGAUCUCCCUAGCCGACCUCGGCAUCACCGACCUUAGGUUUCGGCUGGGUGUGACUGGGUGUCGCAUCCUCGAAGUGCCAGGCGCCGACACCGGCGACAAGGCGAAUUCGCUGGCUGCGAAGCUGGCGGAGAUCGUCCCGGAGGGAAGCGUCCGGGUCACUAGGCCGGAGAAAUCGGCCGAAAUCAGGAUCAGUGACCUGGACGAUUCGGCAACCGCCGAAGACGUCGUCGCCGCAGUAGUGCGGCAGGGGGGGUGCGCCGAGUUGAGCGUGAAGACGGGCGAAGUCCGGCGCACUCCCUCUGGUGUUGGCUCGAUCUGGGUGCGAUGCCCGGUGGCAGCAGCCAAAGCCCUGACCGAGGCAGGUCGGGUGAAGGUGGGAUGGACGAUGGCUCGGGUGCAAUCACUCGACCCGAGACCCAUGCGGUGCUACCGGUGUUUGCUCACGGGUCACGUGGGCCGACGGUGCACUGCGGGGGAAGACUGCAGCGAUAAGUGCUAUCGCUGUGGUCAGGGUGGCCACAAGGCCGCGAGGUGUGCCGAGCCAUCGCCAAAGUGCUGGUACUGCGCUGCGGCUAACCGCAAGUCGGACCAUAGAGUCGGCAGCACUAAGCAGUGCCGCUUGCCAAAGGCCAGAGCCGCAGCCGCGGCGCAGGUUACCGGCGGGGGGGGGGGAUUCGAUGGACACCUGAGUCUGAUCAGUGUGGGCAUCGAAUCCAUACUUGACCCUAGGGUGGAGGAUUGUUAG